AUGUGGCGACAACUUUUUGCUCGUGGUACGCCAUGUGUCAAGGCUUUAAUUCGACCGCAGUUCCCAAGUACUGUAUGUAAGCGCGGUUACUUCUUCCAGCCGUGGAUUUCAGGUUUCCCUGUACCGUUUCGAAAUGAAAAUCAGCUGCGUGAGUUGGAGCGCCAAUUUGAUAAAGUUUUUGGUUCCACUCGUGGAUGGUGGGGUGAGUUUUUCCCAUUUCGAGAAAAUGAACACCCUACAGCGAGGGAGCUUUAUCGUUUGCAAAACCCGAUAAUUGAAGAAGAUGGUGCAAAAAAGUUUAUGCUGGAGUUCGAUGUUCGCAGAUUUAAACCCGAGGAGAUAACAGUGAAAACAUCUGACAAAGACUGUACAUUGACCGUUGAAGCCAAACAUAACGAAGAAAAUGCUAAAUAUGAAUUUACUAGGAAACUGAAGUUGCCGGAUGGAGUCGUUGCAAAAGAUUUGACGUGCCGAUUUACAUCUGAUGGUGUGCUGCAGAUCAAAGCGCCAUACAAUCCCCCUGCAGGAACUGAAAAACUCAAGGAUACUGAAAUAAAUGUUGAACAUGAGUGA